AUGAGUACUUUACUGGGUUUUUUCUGUUCACUAAUCAUAAUCAUAUUGUUACUCUCUCAACCUUUGCCAAUAUCAUCUGAAAAUCAAGAAAACGAAGCCCAAACAGUGACCUCUUUGGGACGAAGGCUUGUACAACACGGCGACUCCAAUCCAUCAGAUCAUCUUUAUACUCUUCGAGUUUUCAUGAGAAAAGGGCGUAGUGGUGGUGGUGGUGGUCGUGGUGGGAAGAGUCGCCGUCGUGUCCCGAGUACUGGUGGUUCCGGUGGUGGUUCGUCGGCCACUACUCGACUUUGUCUCUCGAUCACAUUCCGUGUCGGUUCCACAUUAGCGAGCUCAAUUCUGUUGAUAUUCUUCACAUUCUAA